AGUAUUCACUGGCCUUGUUUGGCUAUAAAUGAUAAUGGAUGCUAGUAGAAAACAUACUAGUUAAUAACCAUGAAUAGAAUGGUACAGAAUCGUCAAGAUUCGGAGCAAAAAAGUAUAUGACCAAACCGAGUAGUGAGAUCGAAAUAAUGUGGAUUAUCGAACAGUCGGGGUCCUCAGAUGUAGAUAGCCGAACGCAGUAUGAGCCGUGUUUAACAUAACCUAUAUAUUAUUUAUUUAUUAAAAAAUUUAAGUAAUUGUAAUUUUACCAUGAGUACUUUAAUUAACAAGUUUUUUGCUCAAAAAUCAGAUAAAAUUGGAAUAAUUAUGUAUGAUAAAGAUCAAAUUAUAUCAAAAACGUUUAAAGAAAUGUAUGAAAUUGCUGAAACAUUAUUUGGAGAAUUUGAGAAAAUUCUCAUAAAUUGUUAUCAUAAAUGUAUAGGCUUAAUGAUGGAAAAAAAUAUUUAUCUCCCUUCAGUAAUACUAAGCUUACACAAACUACAUUGUGCAUUUACUUAUGUAUCCUCAAAAGAUUUGGUUAAAGGUACAGACAAUCUUGAAUUAGAAUAUGUAUUAUCAUUUGAGAAUAUUGGUAAUGAAAACUUUAAAAAGAUGUAUGAAAUUAAUAUAGACAAUGAUAAAAUGAUGUUCAUUUGGAAAAAUAUCACUAUACAAAGGAAUGAAGCUUUUCGAAAUGAUAUAUUUUGUAUUAUGAAAUCUUCGGGGACUACAGGAAACAAUAAAAUUAUUGGGAUACCUUACAAUUGCAUUGAAAUGAACACUUCAAGUUUAAUCAAUGUAUUCAAUAUAACAUCCAGUGACAUAAUAUUUUGGGGCACACCACUUUCCUUCGACCCAUCUUUGAUAGAAAUGUUAAUGGGUUUAUUAAAUGGUGCGACAAUCGCUAUGGUCGCUCACCAUAUUUACAUAAACCCAGAAGUAUUAUUUGACAUUUUAUUCAAUAAAACCCAUAUAACAGUUCUUCAAAUGGUGCCUUCUGUUUUUCUAAGAUGGAAUGAUAUGGUUAUAGAGAAAAUAUUUUCCAAUACUAAAUUAAGAAUAUUAGCACUGGGCGGUGAAGUAUUUCCUAAAAGAUUAUUGGAAUUCAAAAGACAAGAUAGCUUAAGAUUGUUUAAUCUUUAUGGUGUCACCGAACUUUCUUGUUGGGCCACUGCUCAUGAAAUAACAGACGAAACUGUUGGAGAUGACGUACCUAUUGGUACUUGCUUAGAUGAUACCAUUAUAAAGGUAUAUGAUGAAAAUAAUCUAGAGAUAAACAAUGGACUAGGAGAAGCCAUGAUAGGUAGUCAAUCAAGAAAGUGUUACAUUAAUAACGAAUUAACAAAAACUGAUAUACCAAACUUUAGAAAAACAGGCGAUAUAAUUCUGAUUAAAAAUGGAAAUUUGUUUUACAAAGGUAGAAAAGACAAAGUUGUGAAACGUUUUGGUCACAAGAUCGGUCUCACCGAAAUUGAGGAAACUAUUUUCACUCAUUGUAGCCUUGUGAGCAAAUGUAUUUGGAGCAAUAAAUACAACAAAAUAUUAACUUUCGUAUUAUUAAAGGAAAUGCAAAGCAAACAUACUAAAGAUCGAAUACUGGAGAAAAUUCGUAAUAAAUUGUUGCAUAUUUUGUCUGAAGCAAGUUUCCCUGAUUAUUUUGAUUUAUUACAAAACUUUCCUUUAACUCCUCAUGGAAAAGUAGACGAAAAAAAAUUAGAAAAUUUUUAUGCUAUGAGUUUAGAUAACUUAGAAUAUGAUGUACAUAAGAUUUUCAAAGAUCUUUGGUGUAAGUACCUUGGACUUGAUACUAAACAUUUGAAUUUUUUAAAAAAUCAUAGUUUUUUGGAAUUGGGUGGAAAUUCUAUCACUGCAAUACAGUUAAUUCAAGAUUUCAAAGAUUUGACAAAUACUGAAUAUGUCGACGACUUGAGUGAAGCUCUUUUACAUGAUACUUUUUUUAAUUGCGAAGAAAUCGUAAAACGGUUUGGUAGACGUAAUAUUUUGAAAAGGACAAUGGAUGAUGAUUCAGAGAGAGAAAAAAUAAAACAAUUAAAGAAAGAAAUUAGUCAGGUUACAGUAUUAUGGAAAUACAAUCUCAAAGCUUGUGUUGAUGCCUCGCCCUUAAUUUUUAAAGAUAACAAUAAUGACGUACGGAUUGCUGUUGGUAGUUUUUGUAAUUUAUUCGCUGUCUUGGACGAAAGUGGCAAAGAAUUAUUCAAAGAAGUCCUCAGUGGUUCCAUAGAAAGCACUCCUACACUCUCACCUUGCAGGACCUACUUGUAUAUAGGAUGUUUUGAUGGGACAUUGCAUUGUAUAAAUUUUGAGGAUAAACAAAUAGUUUGGCAAUUCAAAACUAAAGAUAAGAUUAAAAGUACUCCAGUUUUUUGCAAUGAUGGUACUUCAAUAAUUGUUGGUUCUUACGAUAAACAUGUCUAUAACUUAUGUGUAGAGAACGGGUCAAUAAUUUGGAAAACGGGGGUCGAUGGAUGCGUAUGUUCAAAUAUACUGAUAGAUAAUUACUGUGUAUUUGCAACAACUACAUUCGGAAGCUGUUAUUGCUUGUCUGAAUGCAAAGGAUAUGUAAAAUGGAAGUUUACUUGUGAUAGUCCAAUUUUUGGAACACCUAGCUUAUUAUCGAAGUAUCAACAAAUAUUAGUACCGUCUGUUUUAGGUGUAAUAUACUGUCUGUCUUCAGGAAACGGGGAUUUGAUAUGGAAGUUCGAAAUUAAUAGCAAUCUGUUUUCAUCAUUAGUAUGUUUUCAAAACACUGUAGUUUUUGGUUGUCACGAUAAAAAUAUUUAUAUAUUAGAAGUGUGUGGAGAUACAUAUAAAUCAGUCAAGAGUUUUUCUACCGAUUCUAAAAUAUCAUCAACUCCGCUUAUAUAUCACAAUAAUGAUGUUACCGUUGUCGUCGGUAUUUCUAAUAGGGGUACAAUUUAUUUCAUAGAUUUCGAAACAUUAGUUCUUUUAAAAAAAGGUAGUUUACCAGAAGAAGUUUUCUCAUCUCCUGUACAGUAUCAAAAUAACAUAUAUGUAGGAUGUAGAGACAAUAACUUAUAUUGCUUGACAUUUUAAUUGAGUAAAAUCACCUCUAUGAAAUUGGCUUACUGAUUUAAUUAUUUUAAAAUUUCGUUGAUGCUAAUCGAUAGAAAUGAUAAGAGAGAAAAGAAAAAUUGUUAGAGAGUAAUUAACGAGUGAUUUUUUUGCUGGUAUCUUUUUGGCAACACUGUUUUUGACAGAUCACGCGUGAAUCGUGUCUUGUGUCGUUGUCAAACUUGUUCAGUUAGGUCUAUUUUUUAAUCAUGAUUCGACUUACGAACGAACAAAUUAUUGAAUUUUACUAUCAAAAUUCAUACUCGGUCAAGAGCGUGGGUCGCGCACUUCCAAUUUAUAGGCAGUUUGGUCGGCCUACUGAAGGAACUAUUCGGAAGCUUGUGACUAAGUUUCGAACCCAGUUUACACUAUUGCGGCUGUAUCCACAAGUGUUACUGAUGACCGUGAAAUGUCGUUCGCAGCAAUUGGGUCUCUGUUACUCCACUACGUAGGAAAUUUUGCGAAAGUAUUUGGGUGUAAAACCUUAUAAAAUAUGGCUGGUGCAAGAAUUGAUGCCACAUGAUAUCUCACAACGCCUAACAUUUGGUGAAUGGGCGCUGGCAAAGUUGGAGAGAGACCCACUUUUUUAUCGACAAAUUGUGCUCAGCGACGAUUCUCGUUUCUGGUUGAAUGGAUACGUCAACAACAACAGCAUAAUUGCCGCAUCUGGAGUAAAGACCAGCCAGAAACACUGCAAGAGCUACCAAUGAAUUCCGAGAAAAGUCACUGUUCGGUGUGGAUUUUGGGCCGGUGGCAUCAUCGGCUUCUUCAAAAGCGACGAUGGUCGGAACGUUACUGUGAAUGGCGAGCGCUACCGUGUGAUGAUUGACGAUUUUUUUGCCCAAAAUGGAAGAAUUGGAAUGUCUGACAUGUGGUUUCAACAAGACUGUGCCACAUGCCAUACAGCACGCGAAACAAUGACCAAAUUGAGAGCCGCCUUUGGUGAACACUUCAUCUCACGUUUGGAGCCCAUCAAUUGGCCGCCUAGAUCGUGUGAACACCUUUGGACUAUUUCUUGUGGGGCCAUGUUAAGGUUAAUGUCUACAGGGAUAAAUCAGCAAAGAUUGAGUGGAAGCCAAUAUUGAAGCAUUUAUUCGUGAAAUACCGGCCAAUAUGUUGGAGAGAGUAUGCCAAAAUUGGACCUUGUACAUGGACUAUCUAAAGCGGAGCCACGGCCAAAUUUGCAUGAAAUCUUCAAACAUUAAAUUAUACUGAUCGUUCUAUUGACUCUAAUAAAGAUUUCAUCAAU